AACUCGUCGAAGAAAAAUUGUACGAAACUCUACGAUUUGACGUUUCGAGUGGAUUCUGUGAAUGCAACCCUACGAAUUUCGAAUUUACAUCAUAGCAAUUCGAAUUGCGUGACAGCUAUAUCGGAACAUCUCCGAAAAUACAGCCUACGAAGGAUUCUAUGAUAAGGCUGAAUAGCUGUGAAGUAAUUUUGCUAGAACAAAAAAAUGAGUGCAUUGCAAAGGUACUUGCAUCGUGUGGCAGUGUAUUCCCUAAGAAAUUUGAGAAACAGUUUGCGAACCAAACGAAAAUCGUUGCGGGAAAGCACGGAUCCGUUCAAUAUUUCUGAGGAGCGGUUUAUUGAUAUCUUUCGACUACCAAAAGUAAUAUGUCGAAGCGUUUACGCAGAAAUUUGCCCUUAUAUGCGGCAAAAUGCAUCAAGAGGGCUUUCAGGAAUGUUAAGAUUCCUUGUAGCAUUGCGAUUUUUUGCCCAAGGAAGCUAUCAACGUUCAGUUGGCCAAGAAUUCUUGCUCAAUGUGUCCCAAAGCAGCGUUAACAGGUGCAUCAGGGAAAUUGCAAGCAUAAUGGACAGACAUUUAUUAACCCAAUAUAUAAAGUUCCCAUCGACAAUUGAAGAAAAGCAGCUUUUAAAGAAAAAUUUUAUGAAAAAUUCAGAUUCCCAGGAGUAUUAGGAGCGAUUGACGGCACACACAUAAAAAUAAAGGCACCAUCGGAGGACAUCGAACAUGUUUAUGUAUGCAGAAAAGGAGGGCAUUCAAUAAAUGUGCAAGUUGUGCGUUCAAUAAACCUGCAUACAUAUAUAUGUAUUAGGGAUGCCAAUAUUAACGGAAAAUUGUGAUCCCGGGAUUUCGGGAUAUUUUUUGAGUAAUCCCGGGAUCCCGGGAUUUAUCCCGGGAUUUACAUUGAGACAUAACUUUUAUGAAUAUGAGUAAAAAUUCAACAACAGAAAGCAUUUAAACAUGAAAUAAAACCAUUUAAAAUUUACGAUA